GAAUUUAUUGCAGCCCUCUUCCUUGGUAUUUGUCAGCCACCUCUGGUUUUCUCUUUCGACGCAACUAGAGAAAUAAAACCAAUACGAAUUUGUGAAUUUGUGUUCGCAUAGUAAUUUUUCUCUGCUGAUUGCAUAGUUACUAUUGGCAAAUAAUAUUUGACCUCGUAUUGUUACAACAAUGGGUUUUUUAAGUUAUGUGCUUGGACCGAAAUUAUAUCAGGAAUAUGGUUUGGACAAGAGACUUUACGAACCGGGUGGCUUGGAGCGAUUUGGGGAUCAAAUAUUAUCAACGCUUUCUUUUAUGUGGAACAUUAGUUAUUAUACAUCUCCACUUAUAGUAACUUUCUUGUAUAGAAGAGGCUACUUAGUUGCAGAUUCCAUUUCCUCAUUUGUCAAGUUUACCACGAGCAUUGGGAUUAUUGUUGUAAUAUCACUAUGUAUUCGUGGUUUUGGUCGCUCUCAGUCAAGGUCAUAUGUAAAAAUGAUCAAGGCAAUUGAAUUAUCUAAAUUAGCAAACUCUGAUGCAGAAGCACAACGCGCAAUUCGCAAAUUCGAUUUUGAUUUCCGCUCAUGGCAGGUAGACUUUGAUGCAAAUAGUGUACAAGGUGAUGGCAAGAAAAAACCAUUGGUAUCUGUCAGCAGCCGCGACACCCGCCAAUUUAGAUUUGCUACAUUACCAUGCAAGCUCGCUGCUUACGUAGCCAUACACACUUUUGGCAUACGCAUGAUUUAUCCCGGAUACGUAAAGAUUUUGCAAUAUUAUAUGCAUGCGUUCUUGGUGGAAGGUCGCUCUAAAUUAGUUGAAGAGCACAAUGCAGUGCGGUACAAAGUAAAAACUUCGGAUUGUAAUGAAAUCGAUAGCAUCUUUGUAGACAACCGUCAAAAUGGAAAUGCAAACGGUGAUAUCCUAGUCGUUUGCUCUGAAGGCAACGCCGCCUACUAUGAAGUCGGUAUAAUGGGCACACCAUUGGCGCUUAAAUAUUCUGUGUUAGGAUGGAACCAUCCAGGUUUUGCAGGCAGCUCUGGGGCUCCAUAUCCAGAUCAGGAUAGAAACGCCAUUGAUGCCAUUUUACAGCUCGCUAUUCAUCGUCUUGGCUUCGGUGUCGAAAAUAUUAUUUUAUAUGGUUGGAGUAUUGGUGGGGUAAGCGCCUUGUGGGCAUCAAAUCUUUAUCCUGAUGUAAAAGGAGUGAUUUUAGAUGCAACGUUUGACGAUGUGUUAUACCUCGCACAGUCACGUAUGCCUGAGAGUCUGGCUGGUAUAGUUAAGCUUGGCAUACGCGAAUACUGUAAUUUAAAUAAUGUGGAAUCUAUACAAAAUUACAACGGCCCAAUAUUGCUCAUACGUCGCACCGAGGACGAAAUAAUUUCCGAGGAUAAUCGCAUCGAAACAAAUCGAGGAAACUACUUGGCUCUGACUCUACUCAAGUAUCGUUAUCCAUUAAUAUUUAAGACGUCACAAUUGGCACGAAUUAAGAAAAUUUUGUCACGACCACUAGAAACAAAAAAUGCUCCAUUAACCAACGACGACCUAUGCAUGUCUCGCCUCAUAACGUACGCUUCUGAUCAGGGUAAAUCAUUUCCAAUGUUGAUUGGCGAGGAUUACACAGAGGAAACUCGUGAUCAAAUGGCCGAAUUUUUACUGCGAAAACAUUUUCGUGACUACAAAUCUACACAUUGCACUCCGUUGCCUAGAGAUUACUUUGACAUUCCUUGGGACAUCCCCAUUGAAAGCGGCUUUGUAUUUACAUAAUUAAUUCUAAGCAAGCAUGGUAGCUGUGACUAUCUUCUAACACCAUCAUUCAUUUUGAUGAAGUGAUUGUAUGCAAAUAGUUAAUGAUGAUUGAUAGUUCUAGUUUCAUUUAUGAUAUGUGAAAAUGCAUUUAGUUUUAAUUUGAUUAUUAUUUACAUUCAAUUUUUAACAUUUGUUUGGGGCGCUCUA